GCAACGUCAGAUCCGAUGCGACGUCGACGGAGCACGCACGCUUCGCGCAGCCACAAUUUAUAUUUACGUUAUGUUUCACCACCCGCAGAGACAACGCUUAUAAUAACCUAAUAAUAACACUAUUAAUCAUCAGUGAGUGUACAAUGUGUGAAAGUGAAGUGUAGUGCAGUGAUUUCGGAUUUCCCAACCGACUUACAGAUGGCGUAGAAAAGCAGUCACAGACAUCCAUCACAAAUGUUAUUGAACGGUCUAAUGGAAGGGGAACCUUUACCCAAGACCAGUUUGAUACCGUCGAUCAAGCACGAAAAGGAACACAGGACCAUCAGUGCUUUGAUGAACUUCAUCCUACCGGACGCAAGCAUGGCGAUAAAGGACAACCAAAAAACCGACAAAUGUGUGUACUCCGUGCCCCUCCAGCCGCCGAUCUCCGAAAGAAUGAAGUCCAUCAAUGACGCAAAGCAGGCGUUCUUAAACUCCACAGUAAACUCGCAAACGAUGCCGCCUAGGAAAGCAAUAAAAAAAGAAGAAGUUACAUUGCAUUAUGCUCAGAUUGCGAUCACAACAGAAAGCGAGGAUUCGAGGAGCACUGGCGGAGGUAAAGAUUUCAAGCAAACUGUCAAUCAGUUCAAAAUGAGAGAAACUGUUCCACCAAAAGACAUAUCUCCGAAUAUAAAAAAACUCAUGGAACAACAGCAAAGAAAAGUAAGCUUUAAAAUUAAAAACGCUGGGAGCUCUUACCGACGAGCUCCCCUCGCGAAGACGGUAACUAUCCCAAGUAGCAAAGUGACGGAAUUAACUAAGAAGUUUAAUGACCUUGUGGUUAAUGAACCAAUUAGAGGGACGAAAAAACCAUUGACUAAAACAAUAGAUGUGCAAGCGGCCCGACGUUCUGCAAGUAAUAGCUCUACGCCGUCUUCGACGCUUUCAAGCCCGAAUAUAAAAAUAGUAGUGCGUCAAAGACGAGGCUCAAGAAAACGAAAUAGUAGGCGAAGAUGCUCAAGUAUGGAUUCCAUUGACAAACACGUCUCUGAUACGUCUUCAGCCAGAAUGCGUGUAAUACGCUCAAAAUCCGAUAACACCAAAAUACCAAAAUCACCCAAAAAAAGAUUGAAGUACUCCAAUUCUAGUGAACAGAGUGGCUCUGAUUCCGUAGAUGGGUCACCCAGAAAAACAAGCAGUAAAGACGUCGAACCUCCUAAAGAAAGAAAACCAACGGAGAGCAACGUAGUUAAAAAUGUUAUCAAGAAAUUUGAGUGCGAAAUUAUUGCGCAAACAAAUUCAACUAAUAACACACUAAAAAGACCACCUGCCAAACCCCAAAAACCUAUACCCAUACCUAAAGAGAAACCAAAAGUACCUGAAAAGAAAUCAACUUUAGUUUUAACGAAAAACAUUGUGGUAAAGGACGGUAUUCCUAAAAUAAAGACUAUAAAACCUGCGCCUUCAGAACUGCCUCCCAAACCAGUUAGCGUCAAAACACCCAUUGCUGAAAAUCUCAAAAGAAAAGAAUCUCUUUAUGAUAAAAAUAAGUAUAAAACUAACUACAUACAUUCCGAAAAACUGCCUUUAAAGAUUGUUGAAAUAAUUCAAGAAGAUGUCAGCGAGAGUUCAAUGACAUCAAUUAACCCAGAACCAGAGAGCGUAGUCUCGCCUGAUAGUAAAGUGCAAGAAAAAGUCCAAGAUGUUAAUAAUAGUAUAACUCCUAACGAAUCAUUUCUUUGGCGCCGGAAAAGUAGUAUACUUUGUUCGGAUUCCGAAAAAUCUGUGUCAGAAAGCCCGUACAGUUUUUAUAGCUGCAGUCUUAAUGAAACGGCGGAAUCAUGUCCAGAAGUUUUCAUAUCCACUGAAGAAUCUCCUAAUAGUGUAGUAACUAUUUCGCAAACUAAUGAAGAGACUGGAACUGAUCCUCCAAACGAGUCUAACUCAGACUUUGAAAGUAACUUAGUUGAGGCGUAUAACAAAGAGGUUUUAGUCGGAUUUACGUCGAAACCUAAAAAAGACGCAGUUGUUGAAGACGAUUAUGAAAUCUUAGAACCAAGAGACACUGAAAACGUAGUAAUCAUACCUGUUAGAACGUUGGAUAGAGUUUCAAAAAUUAACUGCCCUCUACCUGAAAUCCCUAAAGAAGAGCCUGUGGAAAAUAAAAAAGAUGACACGGGAGAAAAUAUUUAUCAAUGCCUUUUAGAAAUGAGAUCGCAUCCUGAAGGCGACGAGAGUAGUUUGCACAGUUACGAGCUAUGCGACUCGCAGUUAGAAGAGAGAACUAGGGGCGAUGGGGAUAGUGAUGAUGGUUAUGAAUACUGCAAGUCACCAAUCAAACCCUAUUGUAUUACCUCCAGCUCCGGAAUACAAAUAGCCGAAAAAUACCAGCCCUACCAACCUAAAGCUAGUAAAAACUACAAAGUCUCUAAAUCUGUCAGCGGCACAUCUACUGUCAGCUACGAAAAGAUCGGCUCCGACAGAAUAUACGAGCGAAUCCCCGCGAGAGAUCCCAAGUCUAAAGAAAGCAGUCCCACGGAUAGGAAAAGACAUUCGUACGCGUCCGACUACACGACCUACAACGAUUCCGAGAACAUAUACGAUACAAUAAAACACGCUGACGCGAAUUCACUAUCGCAUUGCUAUGAAAGCAUCCCGAACAGCCCAAGUAUGGUGAAACUGAGAAAUAAUCUUAGGAAACAAUUAGCUUCUACUGUUCAUAAGCGGUUGUCGUUUGAUAAUAUGUCCAAUAUAAGUCAGUCGACGAUUUCGAGUGAGCAGAAGACUAAUAGUAUUUACGGGCAGAGAUCUGUGAUGAGUUAUAAUGGUCAAGAAGUCGCCUUUCAAGUGCCGAGUAGCGAGACAAGUGUCAGCGACAGGAGCGAUCGCAGCGACGACUGGGUCGACGUAUCAGACGAGGAGAGAACCGAUGAACAGAAGAUCAUUAUUGUGCGAGAGAGAAGUCGAGGCAGAAAAAGUCCAAUCAGCUGGUCGCAGAAGGUGCGGCAUCAGUGGCAGAAGACGCCUAAAGAGACUGAAAACGAGCAAGAAUGCGACAGUGGCGACUCAGGCCAUCUAUACGAGUCGCUGGAAACACCGCCACCGGCCGCGCACGACGUACGCACACACGAGGCACGCACGCACGCGCUAGACGACGACUUCGACUCGUUCGACAGCGACACCGACGACGAACACGAGUCUGCCGCCCACGAAGCACCAGCACUGCCAGCAUCCCGGCUGCCAGCUCCGCCAAGUGCUGGGUAUACGCUCACCAAGAUAGCCAGCGUAGCUCACAAGAAGAUGCGACAGCUGAAACGGAACUUCACCAAGCGAUGCUCCGUGGCAAUGGACGGUAAUCCCUUCAUAAAAGUUACCACGCCGAAAACCGACCUAUACAACGAGCCGAAGAAAUCGCCCAUAUACGCCAACUGCGACCGCCCCGAGCAUAGCUACAGCAAUAUCAGCUUCCAAGACACGCGGCCUGCACUCAAUAAGACUGAGACUCCCGUGAAGGGGUUCAAAGAUGAACUGAAGACGGUUAUUAGUGAGAAGAGAUUUAGUAAUGGAGAGAUGGCGCCACCGUUGCCUGAGAAACAAGAGAAGCCAUCUACCCCAACGGAGACUAAGAAAGACAGCGGGACGUUGUCUAGAAAGACGUAUUUUUCGUUCAAAUCGCGGUUCAGACGAGCGACGUCGAUGGCGAUAGAUAUCAACUCGGAUGUGCCCAGUGCGUUGAAGAUAACGAAUUCUACGUUCUAUUUGACUGAUUCCAUGGAUGGAGACUCCGGGUUUAGCAAUUGCAGCGACAACGGGCAAGGCAGCGUGGAGACCCUCUCGCCGACCGCCCCGGCGCGCCACCACCGCGACGGUACGCGCGCGCUCAUCUCCGCCUCCACGCCCUGCCUGGCUCGAGCCCAGGCUCAGGCCCCUCAGGCCACCCCUCAGGCAACUCAGGCCACUCAGGCCGCACUCGAGCGCCCGAGCGUGCCGCCGCCGCCGCCGCCCGGCCGGCCCACUGACAUUAGCGCUGUCAAUGAAGAACUAAAACGACUGCUGCCGACGCUGACGCGGAAGGACAAGGCGCCGCGAGCGCGUACCUCCUGGUACGCUGAGUGUGGCUCCGACACCUCCACACACACCUCCAACACUUCUUGGUACGCAGAGGCCGGCCUCUACCAAGCUGGCAACAUCUCAUCGUCAUCGGGUGCAUCAUCAGGCUCGCACCCCGCAUCGCCUCUUCCCCAUUCACUGUUCACACACGAACCGCUCUACCAGUUUUACAACGCGGCUAAAGUAGAGUCCGUCUGCCGCGACACCGGCGACUCAGAUUCGGACGCAUACGACGCGGGCGCCGGCUCGGGCGCCGCCCCGGCGCCUUCCCGGCCGUCGGCCAUGGCGCUGGUGGCGCCGCGAGGCCCCGCGCGCACGCUCUGGUGCGAGGUGCCUGAAGUGCUGCAGUCUACUGUCCUCAGUUCCCUAGCGCCAGCUCAAAAGCGCCUCCAAGAGGCCAAGUUCGAGCUACUCACCUCGGAGGCGUCGUACCUCAACUCGCUCAACGUGCUGGAGUCGCACUUCAUCGCGCACCCCGCCUUCCGCGACCCGCAGGUGCUGCCCCGCGAGGAGUGGGAGGCGCUUUUUUCCACUAUAUUGCCUGUACGCAAGUGCUCCCAGCUCCUCAUGGUGGAGCUGGAGCGCUGCUGGCAGGAGAACAUCCUGCUCACCGGCAUCUGCGACCUCGUGAGGAGACACGCCGAACAACAUUUCCACAGCUACGUCAAGUACUGCUCGAACCAGGCGCUCAUGGUGCGGGCUUUACAGCGUUUGAGAGAGAGACCUGCGUUUGCUGCCGCGUUGAGGAGACUGGAAAGCCACCCAGCGUGCCAGUCGCUAUCCCUGCACUCGUUCCUAAUGCUGCCCAUGCAGCGCGUGACCAGACUGCCCCUACUGCUGGACGCCGUGCUCAAACACCUCAACGAGGGCGACGAGGAGCGCGAGGGCUGCAUGCUGGCUCUGGCCACCCUCAACCACUUCGUGUCACAGUGUAACGAGGGAGCGCGCAACACAGAGCGUAUCGAAGAGAUGUUCAGAAUAUCGCAGAGCAUCGAGUUCCCGCCUUCUAUGCGAAACCCGCCCAACCUGGGUCCGGCCUGUUCACGUCGGGAUAAAAGGCCAGUCCGGUGGCUAGUGCGGUCUGGCGAAGCUACGCAGCUGGUAUGGAAGGCGGACGAGUCCAAGCUAACCUUCGGCCGCAAGUUCCACAAGACGCCGCUCCAUCUGUUCCUGUUCAACGACCUGCUCGUCAUCACCAAGAAGAAGGGAGAGAACAGCCACAUAGCGGUAGACUUCUGCCCGCGCUCCCUGCUAGAAGUGUGUGCAGGCGACGCGGGCCCGGCGGGGCUGUCCGCCAAGCACGCGCUGCUGCUCACCCUGCUGGAGAACCACGAGGGCCGCACGCUGGAGAUGCUAAUCUCGUGCCCGACGGAGACGGACGCGUCCCGCUGGAGCGAGGCGCUGGCGCCGCCGCCGGGCGCCGCGGGCGAGGCGGUGUACGCGGGCUGGGACUGCCCGCAGGCCGUGGCGCUGUACGCCUACGCGGCCGCGCAGCCCGACGAGCUCGCGCUGGCCGAGGGCGACGUGCUCAACGUCACGCGCAAGACCAGCGAGGGCUGGUACUACGGCGAGCGCACCCGCGACGGCGAGGCGGGCUGGUUCCCGGGCGCCUACACCACGGAGGUGGCCUCCGCGCACGCGCGCGCGCGCAACCUGCGCCAGCGGUACCGCCUGCUCGCGCUGUCCGGCACCUACCUGGGGCAGAGGAAGAGGCCCUGACCGGCCCAGCCCCGGCGGCUCACAGUGACAGCUUCGAGGAUUUAUGUCAACUCUAAGCGGGACGUCAGAUAGCUACGAUGAGAUUCUUUGCAACUGUAAAAAAAACUACAACUGACAAACCUUUUACACUACGAAGGUGGCCCGACCUGCAACCUGCUAGCACUCUCCGGCCCGAAUCUGGAGCAGAAGAAGCCCUGACCUUACGGACUGACCGAAGGAAAUACUCGUGUCACAGUGCUUUGAAGGUUUAUGUAAAAGGCUUGCGGGCAACUACUUCCGUAGCUCCGGUGGAACUGGUAUGGGAUUUACCCUUAAAUUUGCCGUGUAAACUUGACCUAACGUUUUUGCGCUUUUUAAGAACCAAAACCUUUAAGUUUUUUUGUAAAUUUAAUAGUUAAUACGAUGAGAGAAAACUACGACAAAUGUAGUUAGAAACUGACGAUGUAAGAGCUGUUUUUGCAAGGACUCCAUCAGAGUGGUUGUUUCUUUAUCGCCACUUCAGUGUUCAGGAGAAAUUGGAGAAAAGUAUGUCCAGUCUUUCUGUCCGACUAUCAAGUAGCUCAAGUACUUAUAAGAUAAGCCACUCGAAUCGUGGUGCUUUAAUGAGUUGUAAUUGUUAACAUAUUUCACAAUUUCAUAAUGAUCUGAGUGAUGAAGCGGUGAACAGACUAUAAUGUCCGUCCAAACACUGCCUUAUUUUAGUAGACUAUACUAUAGACCUUAGUAUUUUGAAGCAUUUUAACCAACACCAUGUUACUGCACCUACUUUUUGACUCACGCUACAUCGAACCGCGCCCCAUACAAGUAUCAUCUGAAAACACAUAACGCUGCGAAAUAUGCAAGUGUAACUUUUAUUAUACCAGCUUUAAAGUCAGUACAGUAAGGUGUAGCGUUAAUCAUUAUUUACAAAAACAAAAUGCAUUAAAACGUGUUUUCAUGUAGUUGUAAUGCAUUUUUCAAAAUAGAUUUGUAAGAUAGUGGUGCUUGUUUUAUAACGAUGUAUUCAUGUUUCGCGUUCAAAGAGCGUCAUAAUGUAGUAUAUAAUAGUGAGCGUAUAAUGUAAUGUAUAGAGGAGUGUACAGUUACGCAUGAGAUUCUUGAGAGUUUAUUGUACAGGCGUUUAUGAAACUGCUGAUUAGUUGUAAGAUGUAAGUAACGUAUCAUGUGACGGUCAAACUAAUAUUUAGAACGCGGUAGAUCCUUGUUAAAAUGCGAAUUACAAGACAUAACUUAGGCUGUACAUCUAAUGCCUCCGGUAACAGCUAUGUGUAGGUGAAUGCGAAAUACUUGUCUUACCCCCCCGUAAUGGUAAUGUUUCCAGCAGCGGUAUUAUGGUCGCUUUUUUCAAUGUCAUGUCAUGCGUCACUUUCGCACUUACAUACUUGUUAGAACGUGACAGGCAUGGUAAUAAAUGAUAAAGAGCCAGCCUUAUAGGGCAGGGAGAUAUAACCAAGGAAUAUCUUGUAAUUUGUCAUAGUGACCAGGUUCUACGAAGGCCCAUAAGUUAGUUUGGCCGUACCGACAGCUCGUUGUCUUGCCCGCUGUUUUAUUAUCGUUAACUAGUCAUAUAAGCGGACGAGACGAUUUCUUCAUGAAAUUAUCACAAUUAAUAUAAUUUUAGAACAUUCCGAUGUUUACCUUGUAAUUAAUUUUACUAUUUUAUUAUUAACAUGAUUUGAAUUUAUGUACUUAAGUAAAUUAUUGUUAUACAGAUGUAUAUGAAUUAGGGUCCACAUUCUUUAUAGGGCUUAUUUAUAGUGUUGUCAAAUAUAACUUCAUACAUAUCA